AAUAUGAGGGUUCCUUGGUUCACUUUCGCCUUCCUUUGGGGCACUUUCUGCACACGGCCAGGCCAUGGUGAGGCAGAAACAAGGCAAUGCAUCUAUUACAAUGCUAACUGGGAACUGGAAAAGACCAACCAGAGUGGGGUGGAGCGCUGUGAAGGAGAGAAGGACAAGCGCCUCCAUUGCUACGCCUCCUGGAGAAACAACUCUGGUUCUAUUGAACUGGUGAAGAAAGGUUGCUGGCUCGAUGAUUUCAAUUGCUAUGACAGGCAGGAAUGUGUGGCCACAGAAGAGAGUCCACAAGUGUUUUUCUGCUGUUGCGAAGGGAACUACUGCAAUGAGAAAUUCACUCACUUACCUGAAGUUACAGGCCCAGAAGUGGUCUAUGAGCCACCGCCGCAGACUCCCUCGCUGCUCAACAUUCUGGUGUAUUCUUUGCUUCCAAUUAUUGCCCUCUCCAUUGCCAUACUCCUGGCCUUCUGGAUGUACCGCCACCGCAAACCACCGUACGGACAUGUUGACAUCAGUGAGGACCCAGGUCCGCCACCCCCAUCUCCCCUGGUUGGACUUAAGCCAUUGCAGUUGCUGGAAAUCAAGGCUAGGGGGCGCUUUGGCUGUGUCUGGAAGGCUCAGCUGGUGAAUGACUAUGUAGCAGUGAAAAUCUUUCCCAUACAGGAUAAACAAUCCUGGCAGAGUGAGCGGGAGAUUUUCAAUACCCCAGGCAUGAAGCACGAAAACCUUUUGCAGUUUAUUGCUGCAGAGAAGCGAGGAACAAACCUGGAGACGGAACUAUGGCUGAUCACAGCUUUCCAUGACAAGGGCUCUCUAACCGACUACCUGAAGGGGAACAUCGUCAGUUGGAAUGAACUUUGUCAUGUGGCGGAAACAAUGGCACGUGGACUCUCCUAUCUGCAUGAAGAUGUCCCUUGGUGUAAAGGUGAAGGACACAAGCCUGCUAUAGCACACAGGGACUUCAAGAGCAAAAAUGUAUUGCUGAAAAAUGACUUGACUGCCGUGCUUGCUGACUUUGGAUUGGCUGUACGGUUUGAACCUGGGAAACCUCCAGGAGAUACUCACGGACAGGUGGGAACAAGAAGGUACAUGGCUCCUGAGGUGUUAGAAGGAGCAAUCAACUUCCAGAGAGAUGCUUUCCUAAGAAUAGACAUGUAUGCAAUGGGGUUAGUAUUGUGGGAGUUGGUCUCCAGAUGCAGAGCAGCUGAUGGUCCAGUGGAUGAAUACAUGCUCCCAUUUGAAGAAGAGAUAGGUCAGCAUCCAUCCCUCGAGGAUCUACAGGAGGUGGUGGUUCAUAAGAAGAUGCGCCCUGUAUUCAAGGAGCAGUGGCUUAAACAUCCUGGUUUGGCACAGCUUUGUGUCACAAUUGAAGAAUGCUGGGACCACGAUGCAGAGGCACGCCUGUCAGCAGGUUGUGUGGAGGAACGUAUUUCUCAGAUACGCAAAUUGUUAAACGGAACUACCUCGGACUGCCUCGUUUCCAUCGUGACCUCUGUCACCAACACGGACUUGCUGCCCAAAGAGUCAAGCAUCUAAAUUCUGGUUCACUUUCUUUUUCUUUUUUGGUCUUUCCAGACUCUGUGGAUUGAAAGAAAAGAAAGAUGUUAAACCACAAAUCUAACACACACACAUACACACAGACAUACAUACACACAGAUGAAUGCAGCUGCUAUUUUAAUCUUGACUUUUUUAAUUGUUAUUAUUAUUGUUAUUAUUAUUAUUAUUGUUAUUAUUAUUAUUAUUUUAAUUGGAUCAGUUUUACCAGCACAUUGCUCUACUGUAUUAAAAAGAAAAAAAAAAAAAAGAAAAAGCGGACAUCUCAGCAAGCAUUCGGGUGCCGACUAAUGAA